AUGCAAGGGCCGAGAAGACCAUCACAUAGUGAACGAAGUCGCCGCAGUGUUGUAAAAAAGAGCCUCAAGAGCGAUGAACAAUCCUCUCAAUUGCCACACAACAUGUCCGAAUCUAUGAAUUUAUUGACCUUAUUUCACAAGUAUGCCAAAGAAGAACAAUCAGGCUUGAGUCUAACUGAAUCACAUUCCAAUGUUGAAGCGAUUGACAUUGUCAAACAAAAGCCACUCGAAGAUGUUUCAUCUGCACUACAAGGUACCACCCCAUCUAGUCGUUCUGUCUCUGUGUCACCUCAGAAUCUUCGUCAGCAUGGGUCAGAAUUAAUGUCUGUUGUCCAUCAAGAGCAUAGCUCUGAUUUUGAAACGCUACUAGAGCAUGUGAGUGAACAGAAGGAAUACAAUUUUAGCAAGUGUUUUCCUUUUCACCGCAAGCUAUUGUCAUUUCCUACACUGCAAAUGAAAUUGAGCCUAGGUACGGUAAAUCCAUUCAAAUUGGGUACUUUCGGAAUUAAAAAAUCAAUCAAUUCAUCCAUUCAUACGUUUAUUGACUUCCAUCAAGGGCUAGAAACAACUCGGUUUGUGCUCUUGAGUGAAAAAAAGUGGGAACUAUAUGAAUAUGUAUUACCAUCAAGAGAAACUAAUAUAUCUCACAUAAAGCCGGCACUUAUAUGCUGUGGAAAACUGACUGGCGAAUACGGCGAAUCACAAAAUAACUUGAAAUCAGCAAAAACGCCAGGUGACCAUGAAACUGUGAAAUCGAAUGAAUUUGGUAAAAGUGGGAAAGCUGACAUUCAAUCAUCUAAUGAUGAUUUGAAGAAACGGUUGGCAUCAUGGGACCAAACGUAUUGUCAAUUAACCAAAAACGUUUUAGUCAUAUCUGGAACAAAGGGGGUUAUGAGAGUAAUCAAUAUUAGUCGGGACGGGCCAUAUCAAGUUGGUGAGCCAAUUUACACAUAUUUGACGAAUUUCCCUAUACGAUGCAUUUGCAUCUCCCCCAACGAAAACCUAUUAGCUUGUAGCAUAACUGGGAGAGAAAGAAUUUCCGAUAAAGAACAGCCAUUCAUUGUCUUGCAUAGAAUGAUAAUAAGCGAGGACCUCUGGAUUAACUUUGCUGACCCGCUAUUGAUAACAGUGCCGUACCGUGAUCCAAUAAAGCUCGUCAAAUUCAACGCAUCUUCAUCACAUAUUAUAUGUGCCACUGUGUGGGAGGCGAGAUACAUCAUAAUAAAGUUAAGGGAUGGUGGAAAAGGAUACCAGAGACCGCGUUUAGUGUGGACAGAAUUACCUUUUAGGACUGGAUCGAGGCAAAAGGAUGGAGAUGACACAAUUUCACGCAAAGAGGAAGCUGCAGGAACUGACGACGAAUUAAUGAUGGCAAGUGAGGGUAUCACCGAUAUACAAUUUGGAAACAUGUAUUCCAAUACAAUUAUUAUCACGUCCAACUACUUGGGAUAUAGACCACCUGUGUUGAUUCGUUUGCACGGAACUCCGAUCGACUCUGCUAGAACCGGUCCAAAUACAGAUGGCCACAGUAUAGGUAACUCGUUCUCGAGCCGCGAAAGAGAUGAUAACGAGGAAUUUUCAAUGUUGAAGUCUUCGGAGGUUCUACUAAGAGUUUCAGAAGUGGGCUCUUCGAUCCAUGCUGCAGCAAUAUCCCCACGAGGCGACGGAAUUGUUCUCGUUGACAAAGAUGGACGUUUGUAUCUAGUCUCAGUUCCUAACUUAAACUCUCAGACAGGUACUGCUGGACUGCCAAGCAAGAAGACAGUUGUACUAUUGGGCGAAGCAGCCAAUGCAGAGCGAUACACCGAAGCGGCAUCUGUUCAGUUCCUGGCAGACGGUGGUAAGAUAUUUACGGUGGACAGAAAGGGAUUAUUUCAAGUCUUUGAUUUUACGAAGGGAGUUCCUGGAGAAGAUUUAGAUGUCGUCAAGUGCAGAAUAAUCAGUGUGUAG